UUCACGAUCACUUCCUUUUAGAACGAAAGGAGCAGAAAUCAAAGAUCCCUUCCCCUCUCUCGCACUUUUUCUUUCUCUCUCUAGUUUGUAUUUAUGUUCAGAACUCGUGGACCAGUUUUUUAUCGUGUGCUUUCACACGUCUUCUCUUUAUCUAUCUCUUUUUCCUACCAAAACCAAAACCAAACCAAACCCAUUUCUUGGAAUUCAUUCACUUUCUUGUAUUUCAUCUGAAUUUGAUCAUGGAGGAUGCUAAUGCUGUGCAGGAUAGAGACCACAAAUUCUUAACAAAAGCUGUUGAAGAAGCAUAUAAGGGGGUAGAAUGUGGAGAUGGAGGCCCAUUUGGUGCAGUUGUUGUUCGUAAUGAUGAAGUUGUUGUGAGCUGUCACAACAUGGUAUUGAAAAACACUGAUCCAACUGCACAUGCUGAGGUUACAGCAAUAAGAGAGGCAUGUAAAAAGCUCAAUCAAAUUGAGCUCUCCGACUGUGAAAUAUAUGCCUCUUGCGAGCCCUGCCCAAUGUGCUUUGGCGCUAUCCAUCUUUCAAGAAUAAAGAGGUUGGUUUAUGGAGCCAAAGCUGAAGCAGCCAUAUCUAUCGGAUUUGAUGAUUUUAUAGCGGAUGCAUUAAGGGGUACCGGGUUUUAUCAGAAGGCUCAUUUGGAGAUCAAAAGAGCUGACGGUAAUGGAGCCGUGAUUGCCGAGCAAGUAUUUGAGAAAACAAAAGCCAAGUUCCCCAUGUAUUAAUUAAUCCCAUAUCUAACUCUUAACCAAAUUAUUGCGGAACUGUCAAGUUUGCCUUUGUAUUAUUAUUCCAUCAGUGCUUUUGCAUAGGACAAAACUGAAACUAUUCGUUCUGGUGAAAUGUGGAUCCGUUAUGUCACAUUGUAUUCGACUUCCAUUUUUACAUCUUUUUAAGUGUGACAUAUGUGACAUGAUUUGGAAGGUUAUGUCAGCUGGCUUUAUCAAGUGUUAAUUUAAUGGCUAGUUUGAAAUUGUGAUUUUUUUA